AUGGCGGAUGUGAAGUUGGUAGAGAAAUUUUUUAUUAGACCAGCAAUGCAGACUGAUCGGCGUCGUAUCUUCUUGUCUAACAUAGACCAGACUCUUGUCACGUACCAAGAGUCUGUGUCCUUCUUUGGUCCUCCUCCAACCCAGAUGAGCUUUUCAGAAGCUGUUUCUAGCUUAUACCAAGCAAUUGGCCAGAUGCUUGUGGCCUAUGAUUUUUUGGGCGGGCGACUUGUUCCAUCUUUGGAAGAUGGUGACCGCCUCGAGAUUGAUUGCAAUGGUGCAGGAAUGGUGGUUGUCGCCGCAACAAUAGAUUGUGAGUUGAGCCAAUUUGGGGAUCUUAUGACUCCUAAGUCAGAGUUUAGGCCUCUAGUUGCUUUUUUGCAUGAAAAGGAUGAAGAUAAAAUGGACAUGAAAGAAAAACCAUUAAUGCUUCUUCAGUUGACUCAAUUCAAAUGUGGGAGCUUAGCCUUAGCCUCUCGGUACAACCACUGCACUAUGGACGGUGUUGCAGUUCGUGAAUUUGAGACGAAUUUGGCUGCCCUAAGUCGCGGCGAUGGCCUUGUCAUAGAGCCAAAGCCUGAUCGAACAAUGUUCAAAGCAAGGAACCCACCAAAGAUCGACCACCCACAUUAUGAGUACUCGAGACCUAUUUCUAUAGACAGCACAUUCACUGUUCGAGGCAACAGCAACACCACUGCCAUUGUGCAACAGAGGCCACAAAAUAAAUCUCACUUGGUCUAUUUGCCCGCUGACCGCAUUGCGAGCAUGAAGAAGGCAGCUCUCAAGGAUGGGGUUCUGAAGAAUUGUUCCAUAUUUCAGGUCGUGGCAGCUAAGAUAUGGAAGGCUAGGAGCAUCGCAGUUGGUACGCCAGAAGAAGAAACUUGCACAGUGUUGUUUCCGGUGGAUGUUCGAAAACGGGUGGUGCCAGAAGCACCGUUUGGCUUUGCAGGGAAUGCACUAGUUCCCGGGUUUGCACGGGCAAGCAUGAGUGAACUAAAAGGGGAAGAUGACUCUGUUCUUGUUAGGAAGGUGCAAGAAGGGCUAGAAAGAUUGGACGAUGAGUAUGUUAAAUCUGGGAUUGAUUGGCUUGAAGUGCACAAAGGGGUGCCUUGUGGGAAAAAUACCUUCUCCAUAGUUGCAUGGUGGAGACUAGGAUUGGAAGAAGCUGAGUUUGCCUGGGGUCGAGCUAUAUGUGCCACUACAAUCUCAGUCAAACCUGGUCUAGUUAUUCUGUUACCAGAGCCGAAGGGGGAAGGAGGCCUUAAUAUUUGCCAAGACUUGCCUGAGGAUCAAAUGGAGGAGUUUCGUAAGUUGAUGAUGGAGGACUAA